AUCUUUUGUAAAAUUUAGAGACAAGAUAUAUGAUUUACUUGACAACUUCGUGGAAGAAAUUGGAGAACAAAAUAUCGUUCAAAUCAUAACCGACAAUGGAAGCAACUAUGUUUUAGCUGGUAAUAUUCAUCUUUUGAUUUUGUUAAUUAUUUUAUCUUCAAUUAAGUGUGUUAAACUCUUAAGUCUUAUCAUUUUUGUUAUCCUUUGUCUCAGGUAAAUUGCUUGAAUCAAAAAGACAACACUUGUAUUGGACUCCAUGUGCAGCACAUUGUAUUGAUUUAAUGUUGGAAGAUAUUGGAAAGAUCUUAGAUAUCAAGAAAACCUUAGAAAGGGCAAUUUUUGUUGUUGGAUUUCUUUAUAAUCACAUUGGGGCUUUGAAUAUGAUGAGAGAAUUUACAGGGAAUAAAGAAUUAGUGAGACAUGGUGUUACCCGAUUUGCUACUUCAUUCUUGACAUUACAGAGCGUGCAUCGUCAAAAACAUACUCUGAGAAAUAUGUUUACCUCUGAGAAAUGGGUGACAAGCAAAUGGGCAAAAGAAGCAAAAGGCAAGAGGGCUGCUGAUAUCAUCUUAAUGCCAUCCUUUUGGAAUCAUAUAGUUUAUAUAUUAAAGGUAAUGGGCCCUCUUGUUCGAGUCCUUCGAUUGGUGGAUAAUGAAAAUAAGCCUGCAAUGGGAUAUAUUUAUGAGGCUAUGGAUAGAGCAAAGGAGACGAUUAAAAGAUCUUUUAAUGAAAAUGAAGAAAAAUAUGAGAAAAUUUUUACAAUCAUUGACGAAAGAUGGAAUUGUCAACUUCAUCGUCCCUUACAUGCAGUAGGAUAUUAUUUGAACCCUGAAUUCUUUUAUAAGAUUAAAUCUGUUGGAUUUGAUGCAGAAGUUUUGGGUGGGUUAUAUCAGUGUGUUGCAAGAUUAGUUCCCAGCAUUGAGGUUCAAGAUAAGAUUAUUCAUGAAUUAUCUUUAUAUAAAAAUGCUGAAGGUCUUUUUGGAAUUCCAAUUGCCGUUCGAUCCAGGACAACUACCUCUCCAGCUGAAUGGUGGAGUCUAUUUGGAAAUUCCACCCCGAACUUACAGAAAUUUGCUGUCAAAGUACUUAGUUUGACAUGUAGUGCUUCGGGUUGUGAGCGAAACUGGAGUGUCUUUGAGCAUAUUCACUCGAAGAGAAGAAAUCGGUUAGAACAUCAACGAUUGCACGAUCUUGUUUACAUAAAGUAUAAUCAAGCUUUGAAGACUCGUCAUGAUUUGAAAAAUAGAUUUGAUUCAAUCUCAUUGCAAGAUAUUGAUGAUUCAAAUGAGUGGUUAGUAGGAGAAAUGGGUGCUAACUUGCAAGAUGCUGAAGACGAGCUUGUAUUUGAAGAUGAUAGAUUGACGUGGGGAGAUGUGGCAAGAGCUUCAGGUGCUGGAGAAUUACAAACAUAUACAAGACAGAUGUCAAAGAGAAAAAUGAGUGCAAAAGCAUCAAGCUCGGCUCCUGCUAUUGUUGAAGACAUAGAGAAUGAAACAUAUCUUGAUGAAGAGGAAGGAAUCGAAGAACAAGAGGAAGAAGACGAAUUCAAUGAAGAUGAUUUGUGUGAAAAUGACGAUAAUAUUGAUUAUGAUGAAUGACUUUGAUGUAAAAUGUUAAUGUUUUGAAUUUUGAAA